GCAAGUUCCUUUCACUUUCCCUUGGUGCCUCUAUAUAUACGGCUGUGGGACCCCAGUAUCCCCCACUCCUCUCCCAGAGACCCCUCUCUCCCUGGGACCCAAUCACUGAGCUGCCCCACUGCCUCUCUGGGUUCCCCAAGCUCAGCUCCAGUCUGGGUCUCAGCACAGGUCUCCUAUUAUUUAUCCACUGCUGGAAGGAUGAGCGGCACAAGCGGCCACGCGCGGAAAAAGAUUUCUGGACAGUCAACAGGACAGGGGCGUCCGUCCUCCCUUGGAGCUCGCUGUAAUGGCCACAAUGAUCAGCUCAUCCCAGAGGAGACAACCCUUCCUACUAGUGCAGCUGAAAAACGUGGAGAAGAAUUUCACUCAAGGUCCAGCAAGAUUGCAGGUCCAACAUUUGGAGAAGAACUCUCUAACAUGAAGGCAAAACUCCUUGGCAGCAGCACUUUACUACGUGAAACAAAACCUUCUGUGUAUCAGCUCUCAUCCCAGUUCAGUAAUAAGGGAUAUCGCAAGUACAAUUUAGGGCAGAAAAAUCCAGGGAAACCAAAGAAAGUGGCUUUAUUAGUUGGGGCUACAGGCUCAGGGAAAACAACACUGAUCAAUGGGAUGGCCAACUACAUCCUGGGAGUGGACUGGGAAGACGACUUUCGGUUCAAACUUGUACACGAGGUCACUAACCAGUCUGAAGCUCACAGCCAGACGUCUGAAGUCACAGCCUAUGUCAUUCACCAUCAUGAAGAAUACAGAAUUCCUUAUUCCCUCACCCUGAUAGACACCCCAGGAUUUGGUGACACUCGAGGGAUAGAGCAGGAUAAAAAGAUCACAGAAGCUAUUGACAGAUUCUUUUCAAGUAACCAUGGCAUUGACCAGAUCGAUGCCGUGUGCUUUGUAGUUCAGUCCUCUUUGGCUCGUUUAACUCAUUCCCAGAAAUAUAUUUUUAAUUCAGUGUUUUCAAUCUUUGGAAAGGAUAUUAAGGACAACAUCAUGGUUCUCGUCAACUUCUCAGAUGGGGAAAGACCCCCAGUUCUAGAUGCAAUUAAAACCGCUGAGAUUCCCUGCCCUCUGGACCAGAAUGGGGACCCAGUUCACUUUAAGUUUAAUAACUCGGCCCUGUUUGCCGAUAACCAGCCAAGCAAUUACAGUUUCAAUCAAAUGUUCUGGGCCAUGGGGGGAUCAAGCAUGAACACAUUUUUCCAGUCCAUGAAUCAAAAAGAAGCCAAAAGUCUUAGGCUGACCAAGGAGGUUCUUCAGGAACGAAAACAGCUGGAGAUUUGCCUUCAGGCUUUACAGCCACAAAUUAAGGCUGGGCUGCUGAAAUUAGAAGAACUAAGGAAAACUGAGUUGGCUUUGCAGCAGAACAAGGAUCUUAUGAAUGCAAAUAAGGAUUUUGAAUAUGAAGUAGAGAGAAACAUUUCUGUAAAGGAGGAAGUCAAUGGUUACUUCAUUACCAACUGUGCAAAAUGCCAUUUUACUUGCCAUGAUUACUGCAUUUAUGGCGAUGACAAGGACAAAAUCCACUGUUCAGCUAUUACAAAUGGCUACUGUACCAUGUGCCCGGGCGAAUGUGUCUGGAGUGUGCAUCACAAUCAAGCAUACAAGUUCAGUUAUACGACAAUAAAAGAGAAAAAGACCUACGCUGAGCUGAAAGCAAAGUAUGAAGAAGCUUCUGGGGAGAUUAUGAAUGCAGAGAAGAUAUUCCAAAAGCUUGAGGAUGACUAUUGUAAUGUACAAGCUGUUGUGCUGGUACUUAUUGACAAAUCAUCCCAGAGCCUCAAGCGCCUGGAGGAAAUUGCCCUCAGACCCAACCCCCUGACGGCCACUGAAUACAUCGACCUGAUGAUACAGAGUGAGGAACAAGAAGCCAAACCUGGGUUUCAGGAGAGGAUCCAGUCCCUAAAGGCAGUGAGAGAAGAUGCAGAGAUCAUCAGGAAGAUCAGCAGUGGGGAGGCCCUACUCCCAGAGCAGCACAAACACCUACAAGAAUCAAAAACAGUGAUGGAAAGAAUGCAACGCGGACUAAAUGCUGUAAAGAACAAAGUUAUUGCCUCUUUCUUCAGUUAGUAAUAUGCGGGGCUAUUAUUCUCAAACCAGGGACGAAGGGGCUGUACAUAUACACCAUUGCCAGGCAGCCUACAGACCCAGGUUGGGCAGCAUAAGGGUCCCAGUUCUACCCUGUUAUGAAAGAGAAAUACCCCCAAGGUUUUGUUUAGUUCCAGUAUAGAUUGGGGGGCUAUGGUUGCUGUUGGGUAUGGGGUGGGGGUGGGGGUACAAUAGGAAAUCAUCUAUAUAUAAUCUAUAUAAUCAUCUAUAUAUGAUUCUUUUAUAUAAAAAAUAACUAAAUGUUUCUGUUUGUUGUUAUAUUAAACAGUACAGAAUACGUCUAAUAAAGAAUGAUUUCUCAUUUCA